UAAUCCUCCAGCAUUGUUGUUUUGGUGGCGCCGGCUUCUUCCUUGAUACAUCUUCACAUCUUUUUUCAGUGCACCUCCAGACUGAUUUUUUCAUUUUCCUGACAAAUAAAAACAACUGGACUAUCUGGAUCUGUGCUGGUGGAAGUUGGCAUAAUGGCAAAACAAACAGCACCAACAGUUUGCAUCUUAUUGGUUUUAUUCAUCACAGUCUUUGCUCAACUGAUAGUUGGUUGGAAUUUCUACAACGACUGUCCAGGAAUUCCCUUCAUCCCUAUUUAUCUUUGUGGAGCCUUCUUUACCUUCAUUGCAUUGUGCAUAUGUGGGUCAUGCAACCUGCCUUGUUUGUCCGUGACCACCCUCUUCUUCAUUUGCUGGUACAUUGCUGGUAAUGCAGUGAUCUACAGCUAUUAUGAACCAGACUACAGCUACUGCAACAAGACACUCUACCUUUUUGCAUUUUGGAGCACCAAUAUGACCAACGUCUUACUAUUUAUGCUUCUCUGUUGUUGCCAUGGUGAGGAUGAGGCUGAAAAUAAUAUUGAUGUUCAAGUAUAAAUACACACAGAAGGUCAAAAUUAGUGUGUAUGCUGUCUAAUGAGUGUUUUUAUGGGAAAUUAUUAAUACAGCAGCACUGAUAUUAUGAUUUAUGUGUAAAAUGCAGGAUUUAACAUGUUUAUGUUUUUGUAAAAAUGCUUUUGACAUUAGCAUUAUCUUGAGCUUUUGAUUGAUUAUUAUUACAAAUAAUAUUUUCAGCACUUGAUUACAUGUGUACAUAAAACAGGUUGGUUGAUGCUUUUCUGCCUCACUGAGCCACUGCCAGCUCAGUUAUUACAAACUCGAGAUUCUCAAAGGUACAAAAUGCACCAGGGAGAAUAUUUAUUUCAUAGAAUGCUGCAGCUGAAAAAAGUUUAUUCUUCAGUGGAAUUGUUAGUUAACUCCAGUGCUGUGCAAAAGUCUUUAGCCGCCCCUCAUUUCGGUUUAGUUUGUUCAGAAAACGGGAGGUGCCGAGUUUUUUGAAACCUGUGAAAAGACAUUCAUGGAAAUACAGUGUACACUGAAAGGAACAGGUCCAAGGAAGGAACAGUGGUGAACCAGCGACAGGGUCAUGGCCAAGGCUUAUUGAUGCAUGUGGGGAGUGAGAGCUGGCCUGUGUGGUGCGAUGCAGCAGUCGAGCUACUGUAGCUCGAAAAACAGCAGAAAAAGUUAAUGGUGGUUCUGAUAGUUUGUUGCACGUGGGGCUUCAUAACCGUAGAUCAGUCACAACGGUCACGUGAGCAUCAGAGCUGGACCACAGAGCAAGGAAGAAGGUGGCCUGAGCUAAUGAAUUGUGUUUUCUUUUACAUCACAGGCCAGGUGCAUGUGGGGAACACCUGGCACCAAUAUGCACCAUGGGAAGAAGGCUAGCCAUCAGAGGCAGUGUGCUGUUUUUAGGAAAUGUCUUGUUGGGAAACCUUGGGUCCUGUCAUCCAUGUGGAUGUUACUUUAACAAGUACCACCUAAUCACUAUUGCAGGUCAUGUAGACGCUGUCAUGGAGACAGUCUCUUUCACUUCCUUCAGGAUAAAGCGCCCUAACACAAUGCAAAAAUGGUUCAGGGUUGGUUUAAGGUGUGGACUCCUAAUUCCCUAGAUCUCAGUCAGACCUGAAGACCUAUUGCACAAAAAAACUU